ACAUGGGCUCUGCUCCUAAAAAUCUUUACCUUCCCGUCCCUAAUUUCCCCCAAUUCCCCAUAACCGUAACGAACCUCUCUCUCUCUGUCUCUCUGCCCCUUUUCUCUCAGAUCGCCGCCAACUCAAUCUCUCUGCCUACCCUCGUCGCCGGCUCUGUCUCUCUUUCUCCAUCAGCGCGUCAGGAGUCACUCAUCAAAUAUUGUUUGUGAACGUAAGGAGAUAUGGAAGAUGUUUUAACUGAGAUUCCCCCGCCCUCAAGGUUUCACGAGGAAGAUCUCUAUAACUUCACACCUCCCUCGCCACCUAUUCCUUCUCCAUUCCUUUUGUUUUCUAAUCCUAAGCCAAACGAGCCUCUUCGCCCAACUCUUCUCAUCAUUGCCUUAUCUUCCCCUUCGCUCUAUGUUUUCCACCAUCUACCUUCCAAGGUGCUAAUUGGAAGUCUUAUCCUGCCUGAGAUACCCUUCUCUGGAAACUCUAUCGACCUCUCCCUUCGAGACAAGUCCUGCAAUAUCUAUGCCAUUGGUGACAAGAACACCUCAGUUCUUGUUGUCUCCGUUCAGUGCCCUGUUGCUGUCGAGAGGUCUCACAUUGUUGCUAAGUUGCUGAUCAGUGAGCAGAUUAUUCCUGAAAGGGUAUUGGUUUUUGAUUCUAUUCAGCGCCAGAACUUCCGGGGUAGGCUUUCUCCUGAUGAACCAUUUGCUUUCAAGCUGGAGACAUCAUUAGAAAGGAAAGAGCCGAGUGAUAGCCGUGUUCUGAAAGACUUAGAUUUUCUUCCAUCAGGAAGCGUAGUGGAUGGGCUGGGUGCAGCCCUCUUGGCUAGAUGCCAGAUGAGGAGCAUCAAGGGAACUCUUUGUGUUGCAUGGCCUGAAGUGGGUGGUGUUGCGGUUAACCUGCUCAAGUCUCUACUAAAAAAUGUAUUGCCUAGCUUAGAUAUAAGCAUACAUGGUAAACCUGAGGAUAAAGAUUUAUGGUCCGGCCAGAAUAGGGAUCAUCAUUUUGAUUCUGAUAUGUACACCUGAACAAACUAGGUUUUGAGUGAAAGCACUUUUGUUUUCUUUUUCUUUUAAUAAACAAUUUCUAGUGGAAUUGUGUAUUUUUUUUUACUAACAUGUUAUAGGUUUUUAUGUUGAUCAUUUUGUUUAUUAGAGAAAAAGUUGUUGUAGUAUCAAUGAAUUGAGGCUAUUUUGUUUUGUUCUUAUGUCUUAAUGCUGAAAAGUUGGUUGUUUCUGGUUGGUUUUACCCUAA